CGAACAGUACCAGGAAGUGAUGGCUGAGGGCAGUUUAUGAUUUGAGGUCACUGUUUUGCAUUAAAGUUGAUCAUGCAGUGGACAUUCAUCUAACUCCUUGUGAUGGCACUCUCAUUACCCGGACACCUGACCCACUAUACCCAGCACCAUCUCUUUGUAUUUCUACUGACAUUCUUUAGUUAUGCUUUGCUUCAUGCAUCUCGAAAGACAUUCAGCAAUGUCAAAGUCAGUAUUUCUGCCCAGUGGACUCCUUCAUAUCAAAAUGUCAGUAUGUACUUCCUGGUACCUGAAGAGGUAUGGAGUAAGAAUCAAUUGUUUUCAGAUCUUAAAGAAGCCACUGUGUUUCUGGGAGUUUUAGACACAAUCUUCCUAUUUUCAUAUGCCGUGGGCCUUUACAUUAGUGGAAUUGUUGGUGAUCGCUUUAGUCUGAGAUAUGUUCUCUCCUUUGGAUUAUGUUGUUCAGCAGUUGUGGAGUUUUUAUUUGGGACAUUGACAGAAUGGCUCAGUUUUUACAACAUAUAUUUCUACAGCAUCCUAUGGGGCAUAAAUGGAUUACUGCAGUCAACGUGUUGGCCCUGUGUUGUUGCUAUCAUGGGAAACUGGUUUGGAAAAUCUGGCCGUGGCUUUGUCUUUGGACUAUGGAGUGCCUGUGCUUCUGCUGGAAACAUCUUGGGAGCUUUUUUGGCUUCAUGUGUUUUACAGUAUGGAUAUGAAUAUGCCUUCCUGGUGACCUCCUCUGUGCAGUUUGCUGGAGGAGUGGUGGUAUUUUUUGGACUUCUGAGUACUCCAAAAGAAGUUGGUCUUUGUGAACCUUCAGAGGAAGAUGGUGAAGUUUCAGAAUGUGAGGAUAGCUAUAGACCAUUGAUUAAUGAUGAGCUAGAAGAACAAGAUGAAACACAAUGCAACAUCCAGUCAUACAACCACAAACAGAAGCCAUCACCUGUGGGUUUCUUUCAGGCUGUUUGUCUUCCAGGAGUAAUACCAUAUUCGCUAGCUUAUGCCUGCCUCAAACUCGUCAACUAUGCCUUUUUCUUCUGGUUGCCGUUUUACAUGAGCAACAACUUUGGCUGGAAAGAAGCUGACUCUGACAAGUUAUCUGUCUGGUAUGAUGUAGGAGGCAUCAUAGGUGGGACUGUGCAGGGUUUGAUUUCAGAUAUGCUGCACAAGAGAGCUCCUGUUUUAGCCAUCAGUUUAAUCUUAGCUAUUGGAUCUGUAAUAGGAUACAGCCAUUCCCCAAAUAAUCAAACUGUGAAUUCAGUCAUUCUUGCAAUAACAGGUUUUUUCAUUGGAGGUCCAGCCAACAUGAUCAGCUCAGCCAUUUCAGCAGACUUGGGCAGACAGAAGACAUUGCAGGGAAGCCAUGAAGCACUUGCCACUGUGACAGGAAUUAUAGAUGGAACAGGUAGCAUGGGAGCUGCUGCAGGGCAGUAUCUGGUCUCUUUGUUUGAAAGCAAACUAGGAUGGACUUCAGUAUUUUACUUUUUCAUUGUUAUGCUUGGUGGCACUUUGGUGUUCAUUUCUCCACUGAUCGUUCGGGAGGUUAAGUCUUCAUUCCAGGAACAAUGCAGAUCAAGGUUUCGUUAGCUAUGAAGAAUCCAAAAUACCAAUAUAGUAGUUUCAAAUGCAUAUAAAACUGUAUGUGAAACCCUGUCCUCCUAUUGUAGUGAUUAUGUUACAUUUUCAUAUUUUUAUGUCUCUUUUUGCCUAUUUUUAUGUGUUUUGUUCCCAUUUGGUGGAAUGAUUUAGUUUAUUGUUUUGUCAAAGUGGCCCGUCAUGUUUCUGUUCUUUGGUAGAAUACUUACUUUGGGAAUGUAAAGUUUACAAAUAAAUAUUUUAAACUGUUGUCUUAUUGAAUUGCUGGAAAAAAUGUGAUGGAUGUUUAAAUGAUAAAAGGACAUAUUCUCCAGGAUCCUCCUACAGACUAAAUAUACACUGUCUCAAAAGUGUUUGUUUUGGAAGAUUAUCAGAUAUUUUCAUUUUCACAGCAUUUUAAGCCAGUAUUUUAGCAUGAUCAGUUAUUUAGUAUAAUGCUUUCCCUUAAAUCAGUGCCUAAAGGGUCACAGGCUUUCAUUUUAACUCACAACAGCAGGUAAAGUGUUUUAUAAUUGAAUUGAUUUGUACAUAGAGAACACUUUCUGAAAUCCUCAAAAAUGUUUUAAAAGUAAGAGUUUUUAUGAAUAUCAUUGUAAAAAUGAUAUAUAUAUAAAGGGUGGUGAGUAAAAUAGAUAUAUCUGCAUUAAAACCCUGUCGAUUGUAAUAUUCAUAUAGGAAGAAAACAAGUUCUUUGACUUUUACAAACUAACAUUUAAUUAUAAACCAUUAAUUUUGUUAUUAUAUGAAGGAAUUAUAACAGGGAAUGGAACAGAAAUAUAAUACUUUCUUUUACAGAAUAUAGACAAUUAUGAUCAAGUACUGUAAAUACCUCAUAUAAUAAAUUAUAUAUAUUGUGACGAGUGGCUGGACCGCCUUGGUGGCUUUGGGGACCACGGGAACAGAGCUUAGAAGCUCAACCCUAUAGGGGCCCGUGGUCACCACCAGGGGGCGCCGCAAUGCCUGAGGAGCCCUGGCCCUCAGCACUUCGCUACACCCAGAAGUGCUGAGGGGAAGAAGACCAGGGACACCCGGAGUGCUUCUGGGUACGCAGCCAGUACUUCCGCCACACUGGGAAAUUGCCGGGGGAAGCUAAUCGGGAGGCACCCGGAGCACGUCCGGGUGUGUAUAAAAGGGGCCGCCUCCCUUCAUUCGAUGGCUUGAGUCAGGAGGAAAAGAGACGGAGCUAUAUAUAAAAUAUAGCAUUACUGUCUAAAAAAAUUACAAAUGAAAGGAAAUUUAAUUUAGAAACAUUUGUUAGAAGCAUACCUUUAUGUUAUUCUAAUCAUAAUAUGUUUGUUUAUCAAUAUUAUGUCAAUUGUGAAUAUAUAAUUUGUUUAAUCCAAGUAUAUGGAAAUUUACAGUAUAUGUGUCGCAUAUUAAGGAAAAUAAAACAUAUAUUUUAUUAGAAA